CGCUAGCCUCCUCCCCUUGUGUUGAGGUUGCUCACCUGGUUCCUUUUUUUUUUCAUCAAAAUUCAACCCUUUGUUUACUACGAAAACACCACAAAACCACCAUCCUUACCUUCGCUACGUGAUUCUGAGUUCGAGACCCUUCUUGGGGCUCAUCAGGGUUUAGGUUUUAUUCAAAUAGGGUUUGUGCAGUUUGGGAAGUCGUGGGCGAUCAACGCUAUUUUCUUUUUCUUAAUUAUAAAACAGUAGUUAUUAUUAUUAGUGGGUUAAUUGCAUGGUUGUUCACUGAGAUUACAAACAAAAAAACGUUCAAGUUGGGUCACUCGAAAUAUUUAAAUUCAUUGAUGGUACUUCAGUUUAUUGAAACCGUUCACGUUUGGUCACUCUCCGUCCAACUCCAUUAACUUUUUCUUACGUGGCGGUAAACCCUAAAAGUUGAUCGUUAAAUUUGUGACGUGGCAAUUUAAAAUUAAUAAAAUUAAACUUUUCAAAAUUGUAAUCUCAUUUCCACCUCAUUAUCACUUUUAUUUAAAAUAAAUAAAAAAAUCCUAAUUUCUUCUAAUCCCCAAUACCAAUGUUCGCCGAACAACCACAUCCGCCGCAGGCCCACUACUCUGCCAUCUGCUGCCACGAUCUCUACGUCAACGACGACCCGUGGGAGAUCUGGCGGCGCCUCCAGUCCUCCAGCGAGAAGCCUGGUGACGUCUACGCAUUUACCGAGCUCAAGAAGAAGGCAAAAUCCGGUGGCGACGUGAACAAGAGAGCGAUUCAGAAGGUCGGGUGGAACGACGGGAACUAGCACGGCGAGGACAUCGGGAUCCUGUUCAAGCUAGUCAGCCGCGCUCGAUCGCCGAUUGAGCAGGACGAGCGGUGGAUCGGGACGGGGAAGAGGUUCAGCUACCAAAACCCUAAUUCCAAUUCGCCAGCGAGAACGCCAAGUGGAUCCUCCACCGGUUCAACAUGAGAAGAGAUGACGGUCGCAUCAAUGACAACGAGGGGAAGUUGAAUGUAUGAUCCGCGAAUGCGGCGGGGGUAUGCUGCUGGCGGGUAUUGGUAUUGGGAUUAGAAGAAAUUAGUGUUUUUUAUUUAUUUUAAAUAAAAGUGAUAAUGAGGU